GAAUCGAGAAAGAACAUUCCCUACAUUUCUUAUGUUACAGUUGUCCGUGAAUAUAUUCAGAAGAAAAAACCAAUGAUUAUGUCUUACUUACAAGAUUUUGUAAAUUCUCUCAAUCUCAAUGACUUGCAAGAAUUAUCUUCGGGCGAGAUGAAAGAAGUGUGGAAGCUUUUGACCACUUUUGUUCAAAGCACGUUCAGUACAGAAAGUGCAUAUACCAAUAGUUCAAAGUUGAUGCAGAAGACCGAUAUCUUACAACAAGUAAAAGAUGUCAAAGAAACUUUUAUAGCCGCACACAGUCAUGCUUUAAGGGCCUCUGGAUUGAUUUGUAAAAGCCCCGAAGAUUAUAGUCAAGAGAGCAAGAAUAGGUCAAAGAACAAUACAGAAGGUAUUCUUUUAUCCAACUUGAAGGAUAUUGGGCUAGAAUAUAGCACACCAACACCAGGUGAUGGUAUUUGUUUCUUUGAAGCCGUUUCUGAUCAACUAAAGCGACUCAGAUUGCCACCACAGAAUGCACAUUUGGUUCGUACUAAUAUUUGGCAAUUUUGCAAAGAGAACUAUGUUCUGAAGAGAGAAGAUGGAGAAGUUCAUUUAAAAGACUUUGUACCUGGAGGCAAUCUUGACGCAUAUUUACAGAAAAUGUUACAACAGGGGGAGUGGGCUGAUCAUAUCAAUGUAUUGUGCAUGGCAGCAUAUUUGCAGCGUGAUAUUAUUGUCAUUACCAGUAGACCAAACACCAACCCCGAUGACAAUAUUCUUUGGAUUUCUAGUGGCAAUGCUGCAGGCGACCCUUUUUCUUUAGGACAUAUAUGGGAGAACCAAUAUCAGUCUCUGCGUCCAAUUGUCACUUGUUCUUAUUCAGGUUCCAUAUUUGAGGAAUUAUAUCUUUUUUGA